AUGGAAGUGCGUGUCAAUACGAUGCCAAUCAUUCAGAAUUCCAACAAGCGCAAGAGUCUCUUCAGUGGCGUACCAUCCUCUGCGCCGCGUCUACCAGUCUGCGGCAGUUUGCACUCGCCCAUGACCACACCGAUGGUUGUGACACCAUCAUCGCCUUCAACUGCAGCUGCGCCAUCAACUGAAGGCGUCAAUUUAUCAACCGCCUUGAUGGCGCUCAAGGUGUCGCUUAAGCGUGACUUUGAGAGCUAUGCACCGCCCACACCUGCUGUCUCGCCAGCUCACGGUCGCAGCGCAGCCAAGCGCACUCGAUUUGAUUUUGAGGAGCUUGAAGUGCCAGACGCUGAAGAACAACGGCGAGUCAAGGCUGCAGCACCGCCCACGACCGUCAAUGCGCUGCUGGCAGUCAGCAAUCGCAUCAAGUUUGAGCUGGAGAAGCGUCGACGCCGCGAGCACGAACGUGUUCAGAGGCCUCGUCGAAGAAAACAAUUGAGUUGCUUUGCCAUUGUUGGUGCUUUCCAGCGUGCCGCACACGAGCGCGAAGUUGCAAUGCAGCUCGAGUGUGUUGUAGAGGCGUCAACGGAUUAA